CUGCUCGGCCGGAGACCGUUUCCAUGGACUCGACACGGACGGGACGAGAAGGAGUGACCGGGGCUUCGGAGACACACGGAGACGAAUCAGUAUGGUCUACACCGCGGCGCUGGCGUUCGUACCCGGCAUGUCCGUCCUAACGGAGGAGGAAAGCCUCGUCGGGAUGAUAGGGAACUAUCUGUCGCAGCUGGCUUCGGGGGGAAAGACGACGAGCUGCCGCCGCGGCAGCGUGGACAGCUGGGACGAGCCGGACAGGAGCUCCGCGGGUGUUGAAAUGGACCCCGAACUCGAGUACGAAGCAAGACUUCUCCAGCGGGACAUGACUUGCAAGAUUGAGGACUGUCUUUCGGAGGCCAAGUGCUCCGUGCUCGGCUGCCAGGUGCUGCUUCUGCCCAAACAGAUGUCCACCAGAGUGGCCCGGGACGUGGUGCGCUCCUCGGCCGACGAGCCGUGCGGGCUGCGGGGCGCCUCUAUCGGAGUCUACCUGGAGGCCAAAGAUGCGCUGAAACUGCUGGGGACCAUCUUGCCUGGUCCGAGUGUCACCCCAACCUUCGAGGUGUCCGUCAUUUUUAAGGCGGACGACAACGCCUGGCCAUGGCUCGGGGACAUAUUUAAGACCAACAAGGUGUUAAAACUGAAACCGGAGUACCGGCUGGUGAAGAGGAAGCUGUACUCCUCUGCCAAGCCGGUCAUUCACGAUUAUUACCAGGAAUCUUGAAUUCUACUCACUCGAUCUCCAGAUUCAUUACAAAAAUUGUUUUCCUCUUCACCUUAAGUCUCAACCACCUGCUGCAUAUAUAUCAGGAUUCAUCUGACAUGCACUGCAAAACUGUUUAUAUUUAUAUAUUUAUUUUUUGUAUGACUGCAACUUUGGUAAAAGCCUUUUUUUUUUUUUUGCACAAUGUUGACGCCAAAAGUUUCCCUAAACACUAAUGAACGUGACCACAGCAUUUUGCACAAAAAUCCAUUGUUGAACGUGGAAGAUAAGGAAAAACUACUGGGAAUAGAGUGAGCGGGUCUUCUCUACCUAAACGAUGCUGCGAUUGUUAUUUAUAACGGUGAAUAAAAGUUUUGCAUAAAA